AUGUCUGCACGCCGCCUCUCCCUAUUCUCCGCCGCCGCCGCCGCCUCCACCUCCGGCGACGAGAACUCCCUGUUUGUUGAUCUAUUGCAGGAGGCCCCAUUAUCUGUGCGUCAGCAGCACACAAGCAUCUUUGGGAGCGUCUUUUACUGUUUCCUACUGGCAGGUUACGCUGUUGUGGCUGCAGCGGCACCUUGGAUAUUUUUCCUUUUACCAAAACUGACUUCAACACUCCUGUGCAGUUGUAAUGUCAUUCUUCUAAUGAUUACAGGCAUAUUUCAGCAAUAUUGGGUUUAUCAAGUCAGAAAAGUUCGUUUGCAGGGCUAUUACAUUUUCAGCCAGAAGUUGAAGCACAUUUCUCGCCUUCCAUUUGCCGCUGUUGCUUAUGGAACUGCUUUGAUGCUUCUUGUUGUCGUCUGGCAGCCACAUCUCCAUAUAUUGUCGCUCUCUACAUUGCUGAGGAUAGUGAUAGUUGCUGAAGUCAUAUGUGCAGGAUGUUUCAUGAGUGUAUACAUAGGAUGUGUCCAUCAGUACAAUUCAUUGAAUGGCCAACCUGAUGUUUUGAAGUCACUUUAUUCUGCAUUACAGCCGUCAAGUUCGAUGGAAGAUCUUAGAUAUCAUGAUGGUGGCCGUCUUUCAGAUCAACAGAUGGCACUUCUGCAAUAUCAACGGGAAAACCUUCACUAUUUGAGUGAGGAGGUUCUACGGUUACAAGAAUGUUUGAGCAAAUACCAGCGAUCUGAUGAUGGCAGCACCCCUCAGGUUGAUCUUGCACAUCUCCUGGCUGCUCGUGAUCAAGAAUUACGAGCUCUAUCUGCUGAGAUGAAUCAAGUGCAAUCAGAGCUACGCCUUGCCCGAAAUAUAAUUGCUGAGAGGGACUCUGAGAUCCAGCAGAUUCGUGUGAUGAACAACCAGUAUGUUGAAGAAAACGAAAGACUGAGAGCUAUAUUGAGUGAAUGGAGUGCUCGAGCAGCCAAGCUUGAACGAGCUUUGGAAGCAGAGCGGGUGUCGAAUAUGGAACUACGAAAGAACAUUUCAAAAUUGAGAGGCCAGUCAACUUUACGUCGGCCAUCUGAAGAGCGAUAGUGCUGUUUUUUUUAAUUAUCAGAUUCACUGAAUUCACCUACGAAUCGUGAUCGAGCAAAGUGGCGAAUGCUUCUUGCAGCAGUAGUACUAGAGGGUAAUGGAUUAUUUUGUAAAUAGACAUCUCUUGUUGCCAUUGGAUAUUGUGUGGGUUUUUUUCUCGCUUUGUUUUUGCUUUCUUCUCAUGUGAAUGAAAUUCUCUUCCAAGUUUGCAAAGAUGGGUGUCAAAUUUGUACAUGUCUACUUCAUAAUUAAUGCUUUUCAAUUUAAAGAGUCUGUCA